AUGGCCGACUUUCUAGAUCCGUCUUCUAUAUCUCCGAACAUCUCCAGCCUUGGACAGGAUGACGACCCCGUCAAGCUAUUCCGAUGCUGGAUCCGCCAGUCUUGUGAUGACUGCAUCUCUAUGAGAGAUGAUCUGGAUUGUAGUUGGUGUCCUUUUUCAUCCACCUGCGUUCCUAAUCCAACCGACAAAUAUCCCCUCUUAGCUCCCAUCGACUACCCCGACAUCUGUCCACUCGGAGCAAAAGAGCGCUGGGAACUGCGCGCUCGCGGUUUGGGAUGCAAUGUCAGUACACGCAACUUUUUAUCUGUUGUUGUGGCGGUUAAGGACAGGGGUAUUUGGUGUCAUGCCGACUAUGCAGCGGUCCUCGUCGUGUUCGUCAGUGGCGAUUUGGAUAGCAAUAAAUCAGAGACGAUCCUUUGGAAGAGCACUCAUUCAUCAUACUGA